AUGGCAAUACCGACCCAGCACCAAAAAAAGUCCUUGUCUUUCAAACUUGCAUUCAUAGGGCUGGCAGCAAGUCUGUUUGUCUUUCAGGUAGAUGCGACAUGUCUAGGAGUUGCUCUUCCAACAAUAGUUGGUGACUUGAAGGGCUCCAGUUUGCAGUCAUUCUGGGCAAAUCUGGCUUAUACAUUAUGUGGCCUGGUGAUGCAGCCAGUCUGGGCAAGUAUAUCUAAUACAUUCGGUCGAAAGCCGCCUCUUUACGUCUCUAUGGCAUUGUUCUUCAUUGGCUCCAUUGUUUUCGCUAUGGCGUCAAGUAUGGACAUCAUCAUUGUCGGACGCGUACUCCAAGGUCUCGGCGGGGGAGGGAUUGACCUUUUGGCACAGGUUAUACUUGCUGAUAUGACGACGCUGGAGGAGCGCGCGAAAUAUCUCGGUCUGAUGGCCAUUCCAUCGGCCAUUGGCAAUAUCAUCGGGCCUACCCUUGGCGCGCUGUUCUCGACUUAUGCGACCUGGAGAUGGAUUGGAUGGAUCAACCUGCCACUGCUGGGAGUUGGGACACCCCUGGUGUUUUUCUGCCUAAAACUUCGGCCGAUUGAGCUUGAUGCCACACUUGCUCAGAACUUAAGUCGCCUCGACUGGGUCGGUAUGGUGUUAGUCGUCAUUGGAGUCACAAUCUUUGUUGUUCCACUGAGUUGGGCAGGAUCCUUAUAUCCCUGGGUUUCCUGGCAGACCCUUGUUCCAAUGUUAUUGGGAGUUGCGGUGCUCAUCAUUUUUGUCUUCUACGAAGCAAAGCCAGCAACACCCAUUAUUCCCCAUAGGCUCUAUCACACAAAGACAGGAAAUGUGACGCUGAUAGUAGGCUUCAUUCACGGGGUGAUCAUGGUGUCUUUAUUACAAUAUUUGCCUUUACUCUACCAAUCUGUUGAGCUCGAAAGCGCAAUCUCAUCAGCUGUCUCCCUGCUUCCUACCAUCAUCAUCAGCGUGUUGGUUGCAGCGGCCUCGAUGAUGAUGGUCCCGCUCUUGGGGGGCUAUGUGUGGCUUUUACGAUUCUCAUGGGUAAUUGUUACUCUGGGAGCUGGCUUAUUGACCCUGCUCGACGUGGGAUCUUCGUCUUCGAUGCGCUACGGGCUUCCAAUUCUCUGGGGGCAGGGGAUCGCAUUAUUACGUCUCAACAAUCUUCCAAUGCAAGCAAGUGUCAAGAACAUCGAUGACACAAGUUUAGCUAUUGGACAGUUCCAGGCUAUUCGUCUCUUCGGGGGUCUUAUCGGGCUCACUAUCUCGUCUUCGAUUUUUAACAAUGUUUUCUCGGCUUCAAUUUCGGAUACUACACCCGAGCUAGUAGGGCCACUGUCGCCAUUGAGAGAUUCCUCUAAUGCUGUCAGCUUCAUUGAAAAUCUGGGAUCACUAGACGCCUCUGUUACAACAUUGGAUCAUGUUUUGAGAGUCUAUUUAAAGUGCUUUCGAACGAUAUUCUACACCAUGACUGGCCUGGGCGGGAUUGGCUUGUUGAGCUCUGUGUUUAUGGAAGAGAUUGACCUGAAAGACCGGGGCCUUGGAACCCAGCGCUUUGAGGAAUAA